AUGACGGAAACGAUCAUCGAGCGGGAAGGCCCUUACAAUGAAGUGUCUAGCAGUAGUAGUCCGAUUCGGGCUGCCAAUAAGUUGGCUAACAGCAGACGCAAAAUGUCCGAGGAGGUAGAAAUUAAGACCUACUUCAAACUGGUAGAUGUGGUAAAAUGGAUCGGAAUAACGCAGUUUGAAAUGUUGGUCAAUCUGUUGGCUUUUCUGGUGUUCAGCAUCAUACUGACGAUCAAGGCAAGUUCUGGUGCCCUCUCCAGUGGACCGAUCACAACCGGCGAGUGGCUGGUAACUUUUUCGCCGCUGUUCUGCGGAGACUUUUGCAAUGCCUACUUCUGUGUCAUCGUUGGCAUCCGGAUGUAUCUGGGGAACAAACACCGACAGGCGAUCCAUCGGCUGUCGUGGAGUGUUCACUUUCUGCUGCUGACGGCCGGCUUCAAAUAUCUGAUCUGCAUGAAGCUUUCCGGACAGAGUGGUUUGGAAUAUAGUGAGGUGUUUUCGCCGAUUUUUGUACUGCUACAGUUGAUCGCGGUGAAGGCUUGCCAAUUCAAGCAACAAUCUUAGAAAGGUUGAAGCAACGAAACACUGGUGGAGCCGUGUUUGAUAUCGAUAUGUUUAAGCUGGUUCAAUAAAACAUUGUAUCAUACAA